AUGUUCCUUCAGACUUUCAACUUCAAGUUUGCCACUUUACUGUACCUAUUAUGCAUCCUCGAUAAGCCCACCAGCAUGUCAAACCUAUACAUCCUCAAUAUUAUCAAUCAAUCCGGCGAAGAAGCCGACUACUCCAUCGACUGUCCGUACGAAGAUUUACCCCCUGUUACGGUCCGGGAUAGAGACAACUGGAUGACAGUCUUGAAUCUGAACCAGCACUACAUUCCUAUCACUGUUUCAGUACUUCCUCAGGGCGAUUCUCCAUCUGUUAGUUUCGUUCUUGCUAAGAACGGACAAGGUGUAAGGGGAGAUGUAGUGCACAGUCCAGGCAAUGAGCUGACAAUCGAUAUCGGAAACAACAUUGGAACUCCUCUAUAG